AUGGCCCAGCUCGCUUCUCGAUCGAACGAACAACGACUUCACCACUACACCAGCACGCCAGCAUCCGGCACGGCAACCCCCAUCGAGCCCUCGACGCCAUCCUCGACGCCAUCCUCGACGCCAUUCUCGGCGCCAUCCUCGACACUCCAUCCCUCCGCCGCCAUGUCCACGAUUGCGUCCCCCCGAGACCCCUCCGUCGGGCCCCUAUCCCGCCGCAUCUCGAACCAACCCCUAACACCAACAGGCUCAGCUCGCCCCUCCCUCGACAGCGCCCGCUCCGCGACGACGUCUCCCCGCCCAAGCACACCAAACACAGCCUCCAUAGGGCCGCCGCCCGCCAAGCAGCGCGCCAACCGCGCCGCCCUCCGCGAAUACUACAACCUCAAGAAGCAGCAGCAGCAGCAGCAGCAGCAGCAGCAACAACCACAUGCCGCGGGCGCCGGCGCGCCGCCGACCCUCGAGGUGACGCAGCACUCCGAGGUGCCAGCGAGCGAGCUCGACACGGCCGACUUUGACGCCGACGCCUACGUCCAGCGCGCCGUCGAGGGGUCCUCGCUCGCCGAGCUGCUGACGCUCUACACGCGCGUGCUGGGCGAGGUGCGGGCGCUGGACGCCGAGAAGAAGGCCCUCGUGCUCGAGGCGCAGCGGCAGUGGGAGAUGCCGCGCCGGCUGCUCGUCGUGUGGAGGGACGCCGGCGUCGGCGGCGCGGACGUGCAGGCGUGCAUGGACGAGGGGGACGCGGCUGUCGGGAGGGCCAAGAGCCCGGCGGCGGAUAGGGGGGGCUCCAAGGACGACAGCUCAUGA